CUAGUUUUUAGAGCGGUAGGUAAUGAAUUUUAUAUUAGUUUUUUCGACUCUUCUAGUGUCUAUUUAAUAAGUUAAAUAAUUCAUGUAAUUUAAAUUAAGGCGAUCGUCGCUAUUACGGGAGCAGUUAAUAAUAAUUUCUUAGUUUCACCUGACUGAUUCGAGCUACUGCUGUUGUUACAAUGCAAGAAGAAGAAAACUUAUGGUGAGCUAUUCCAACUGUUUAUUCAUCUCUUACUUUUAGGUCUGUGGAAAAUAUGUUACAAUAGGUAUUGAAGAAGUUUUAUGAGACCUCUUGAUUUUUUGACAUUGAGUGUUAUGAAAAGUGGUUGGAAAACAAGAAAAUAGAAUUUCCGACCACAGAUCUUUAAGGGCAUACAAAUAAAAAUUAUAACCAGUGUUGUAUUCGUAAAAAGUCUGUACUAAAGUCUAUAAUAAGUCUAGGGUAUAAUAUUUAUUUAUGAAUUCAAGCAACACAUUUUGUGAUGUUAUUGGCAAAAAAUUGAUCAGAUUUAACCAUUCAAAAAGUUGGUCGUUUCACUCGUGAAAUACUAUUUUGCAGUUUCUUAUAUAGUACAUUCACAAAUUGUAAACUUAGAAAUCUAAUUUUCUUGUUACCCAGUUUUUUAAAUUUGUAUUUAUGUAUAUAUUAAGUUGGUAUUGACACUAUUUCACAGGUCAGAUUCAACUUAAUAAUUUUUAUAAAUACCCAAUUUUUUUACCAUCAAAUUCAAGCUUAUAAAAUGAUAAAUUUGCAUCACAUUCAGCAAAAAAUCUAACAUAAUGUGAUAUGAAAAAAAAAAAAAAAUUAUUUUUAUCUGUACCAAUAUGUGGUAAUAACCAAUCUUAACUUUUUGUUAUACAGUUCUAACUUUAUACUUAUAGAUCAUUUAUAAAUAUAUUCUAAUAAAAAAUUAUAUAGAAUACAGAUUGAUUUAUUUAUAAAUCUUAUACUGUUUUCAUACACAGUUUUGUUUAAAUUUUAAGGUAUACAUAUGUAUUAGUAUGCAUUUCAUACAAAUCUCCGAAUGAACAAUGAUAAAAUAUUGAUUUUGCUUCAUUUAAUAUUUAUCCACUGACAAAGAAAGAGUAAUUUUUUGAUGUCUAAAAUAGUUUUUUUAAUAUUUGGGAAAAACCAAAAAAUAUGAUUUUUUUUAAAUUACAGCCCACCAAAUUUAUUAUUUAAAAUUUUCAAAAUGUUAAUAUUUUUCUGCUAGAAAAAUUUCUUUGGCCAGAUUUCAAGAAUAAAAUAUUUUGAAAAAAAAUUUGAUCUACUUCUGGAAUUGAAAAGUCAGUGUUUUUCAUCUAGUUUUUCUAAUAAUUAAAAAAAAUCAGGAAAAACUUAUAAAAUACAACAAAGUGUAUAGCAUUUGGGUUUUUUGUUGUUAUUCAGUUAAACAUUAUUAUAGAAACCUGUAGUUUUCACAAAAUACUUAUAUUAGCCUUUUGUAGACUUGGUAACAUUUUUAAAACAUUUCAAUUAUUUUUAGGUAUUUGAUAGUGUUUUUAUAUUAUAAGUAUAGAAGACACCUUUAUGUUUAUUACAGGAAUUCCAUGUUGAUCUCAUUAAAAGAAAAAGGAGGGACCAGACUACCAACUGACAAGUCUAUGAUUAUAAUAGGUAAAUUUAUACAUAGAACAUUAUUAUGUAUAGGCGGUAUCUGUAAUUGUUAAUUAUUAUACAUAUUUGCUAACUGUCUUAGGUGACAACCAGUGCGGUAAAACAACCCUUGUGGCAAAGUUGCAGGGUAUUGAUGAUCUAACAAAGGGAAUUGGUCUAGAAUAUGCUUACAUUGAUAUUCGCGAUGACUACAAAGAUGGUUUGUUAAUAGUGUUGUAAUUUUGUUAACUAGGGAACAUAUAUUUUGUAAUAUUCAAAUGUAUUUUUUGAUAUAAGUUAGGAUAUUUGAAAUCUGAUGAUAAAUUUAUUAAAUCUAAAAUCUCUGUAUAUUAAUAACAAUAUUGCAUAUUAAUUAGAAAUUAGAUAGGAAUCUAAGUAAAUCACAUUACCUUCCAUACCUAAGGAAGGUAUGAGUGAGUAAGGUAAUUUUUUGAUUUUUCUGUGGUUUUCAUAAUAAGUGGGAAAAUGUUGGAAACUGGAAAAAUAGAUACAAUAUAAACAAAUAUUAUUAAAGAAUAUAUAUACACAUUCAAUUUUCAAAAAAAAAAAGGAUUUCUUACAGUUGACUGAUAUAUUUAUUUUGUAUGUUAAUAGUUUUUAUCUAUAUUUUAUUUUUUCUAUAAUGUUUUUUUCCAUUUGAUUACUUUUGUGUGUUGUUAUACCAUUUAUACAAUUGUUAUUGUACUUUAUUAUUUACUUUAUCCACUAUUGUUAUUAUUACUGUAUUUGAAAUUGGACAUUUAUCCAUAAAAUAAAUAAAUAAAUAAAUAAGUGUUUGUUAGGGCUAACUAUUGAUUGAUAAACAUUGAUACCAAUUAUAUAGUUUUAAUGGGAUAUUGUAAGAACAGGCUUUACUCCUUAAUAAUAUUAUUCAUAAUUUACUACACCGAUAUAUUAUGAUUUAUGUGUAUAUAAAUUCUCCAAUUAAUUUUUUGAUUUAAUAAAACAAAUUAUGCUUAAUUAUUUAUUUUUAUAAUUUACUUAUUCACAAAAAUCAUUAUUUAUUAUUAUUUCUAUAUCAUACUUAUAGAAUAUUUGAAUUCCAUAUAAAAUAAUAAUAAUGAAAAAUAAAAAACAAAAACCAUCAUAUUUAAUAAAAUAAUUACUGAUCAUUGAUAAUCCUUUUUUUCUAGAUCAUACAAAAUUAAAUGUGUGGGUACAAGAUGGCAACCCCAAGUACUCAUUUUUAUUGAAAUUUUCUCUAUCUGAGAAAAAUUUUAAGAAUACCUUAAUAAUGUUUGUGGUUUCUAUGAAAACGCCAUGGAAUAUAAUGGAUCAAUUAGAAAGCUGGGCGACAUUAUUACAAGAUUACAUUGACAAUCUUCCAAUUCCCAGCGAUGAACUUCGCCAGUAUAGACAGAAAUGUAAGUCAAGACUGAGGACUUCAGUAUCAAAAAUUGUUAUUAAACAAAUGAUUCUCUUAAGAAUGUAUAGCUAUUAUCUUAUCAAGUUAUUAUUUUAUUUAUUUAUUAAUUAUAAUUAUAUUAUAUAAAAUUUUAAAUUUUUAGGUAUUAAAAAUUGGAAUGGAUAUAUGGAAGAUAAUAUCCAUGUCAGUGAUAAAAAUGGUUAUUGGGAACCAUCUCUAGGAGAUGGAGUACUAACAAGAAAUUUAGGCUUGGAUAUAAUUGUUGUUGUAACGAUGGUAUGUUUAUUGACAUUAUCAUUUAUAAUUAGAUAGUAUACAUUACUCACUGGUAGGAUUUUCAUGAACACCAUGCAUCUGUUUAUUUUUUAUAUUUUUAGUUGUAUACAAAGUAUAAUACUAUAUUCCUAUCUGCAAUUUGUAUUUUUAUACUACUUUUUAAAUUUUAUUUUAUUUCUCCCCCUUCUAUGGAGGGUUAUGAUUUUAGUCUUGGCUGUCCAUCUGUUAGGUUAUAUGUGUGUUUAUGUAUGUUUCUUUGUAAAUGAUAAAUUAAUGGAAUGAUUUCAACAAAUAAGAUGUUUAUAAAUACAAUUUGUUUAAAGGAAGUGGAAAUAAUGAGGUGCAAUAUUUUUACACCAUAUUUAUUUUUUAUAUUGGCCUUGAUAGGUAUCAAAUUAAAGCUUAAUUUGAGAUUAUUUCUGAAAUAUAUACAGAAAAAAAAUAAAAAAAAUAAUCUGUUAAUAAUACAUUUGUUCAAACAAUGUUGUUAAAGACAAAAUAGUUUUACCUAUUUAAAAAACAAAAAUCCAAUUAGGAGGCAUAUUUGAAAGUCAUUUAUGUCAAACAAAAAAAAAAUUUAAAUUUAAAUAUUAUAUAGUUAUAUAAUUAUAUCUUAAAUUUAAAGCUAAUAAUAAUAAUUUGACUUUAUGAUGUAUUUUGAUAAUGGAUAUUUAUUAAAAAGCAAAAUAAUAAUUUAUCAGUAUCUUAGUAUCUCAUUUGUAUACACUAGCAUACAACAAAAAAUUACAAAUAUUAAUAUAUUGUAAGUUGUUAAGAGUCUAAUGUUUUGCUUAUUAGAGAAAAAUAAUUUACCUGUUUAGAGAGAUUUGAGCAUUAAAUAAUUGAUAGAUAUUUUGUGUAUAAAUAAUAUAUUAAUACAAUUUAAAUGUAAGUAUUUUCAUUUUAGACUGAUUAUAUUAGUAUUUUGGAAAAAGAGAAUGAUUACAAAGAGGAACAUUUUGAUUUCAUACAACAUGCAAUACGCAAGUUUUGUUUGCAAUAUGGUGCAUCAUUGUUUUAUACAUCUGCUAAAGAGGACAAGAAUUGUGAUUUAUUAUACAAAUUCCUUACACAUAAGAUAUAUAACUUCCCAUUCAAAACUCCAGCAUUAAUUGUGGAAAAAGAUGCAGUAUUCAUGUAUGUUAAUUAGUACUCAUUUUGUUUUUAUAUCAAAUAUUCUGUGUAUCUCUAUAUUAAGGUAAAAUGAACUAACUGUCAAUAUAUACUUACACAUUGUUUUUAUAAAGUUUUAUCAAAUAAAGUAGGCAAAAUAAAAUAAAAAUAUAUAGUUCAAAAAUGCUAUGCGAAGUACACAUUGAUCAAAAAGUGUAAUUUACUUAUGAGAUAUUUAUAUAUAUAUAAAUAUAUUAAAAGUAAAAUAAUGACAUUUUAUAAUAUUUUCCAAUACAGUUUAGAUUAAAAUUCAUGAAAAAUGAUAAUGGUAUAUGAAUAACAGUUAAAUAAAAUUAAUAAACUUUUGUAGAUUAUAAGACAUAGGAACCUAAUUUAUUUUUUAAAUUUAUACAAUUUAUAAACUAAUAUAUUAAUGUAAUAUAUAUAAUAUAAAAUAAUGAUAUUUUAUAAUAUUUCAUUAUUUCAUUUUAUUGUUUUGUUAAUUUGUGUAACUAUUAUUAUUCAAUUGUAACAUUGUUUUGUAUGGUUGUGUUUUAGACCAGCAGGAUGGGAUAGUAUGAAGAAGAUAAGUAUACUUUAUGAUAAUAUGCAAACUAUAAGACAUGAUGAAUUUUAUAAUUCUGUUAUAACAAAAGUAAAUACUAGAAAGGUAUGUUGUAUUAAAAUGAUGGUCCAAUAAUAUGCCAUUAAAAAUUUAAUUUAAUUUAUUUUAAGUUGUUUAUUUAAAUUAUUAACUGGUCUCUCCUUUCUAUCAAAGUGGAUUUUAUGGUUUGUAAAGACAAAUUAAUGUGUUUGUGUUAUGUUAAAUGUAUUAUCUAUAUUCUUUAAAAACUUAAUAUAUAUUAAUAUUACACUAAAUACCUAAUGUUACGCCCACUAAUCAAUCCAUAAUGGUUUUCAUUCGGUUUGAUUUUGGUUUUUUUUUUUUUUGUAAUUCAGUUCAAAAUUAUUGUCAAGACAUUUUUACAAAAUUCUUAUAUUAACUUUCUGUACAUAGUACUACUUUAAAAACAUUCUAGGGACAUUCAAGGGAUUCAUUUUAAGCUAUUUAAAGCCAUUUAAAAUUUUUAUUUGGUUUUAUUUCAAUAAAAUGGUAUUGGCUCAGAAAAUGUACUGGAUAAUUCAACAGGAAGUCCAUCAUUAGUUGUUAUUAGUAAUAAUAAUAUUAAAAAAAAACUGAAGUAUAAUGUAAUAUUGUUUUUUUUAUAAAUAUUUAAUGUUUAAAUUUUAAUGUAAAUUAUAAAAAUGGUAAAAAUGGUACACCCAUCAUCAGUAUCAGCUUAAAUAGAUUUGGAACACAGGGAGGGAUCUAGGUAUUGGGUUGACUAGGUUUGUGGUUUUUUUGGGCUGUGAUCAACUUUUCUACCAGAAAUUUUGCCCCUAUAAAUAAGGUGAUCAAUAACAUGUUCACCCUAUUGUUUUAGUUAAAUUUUGCAUACAUUCAAAUUUUGAUUUUUGGAAUAUUCAAGUGUAGUUAAAGCUAAUAUUUUUGAAUACUUAUAUUUUUCACAACUUUUAAGGACCAACUUGAGUUUUUCAAAAAAAGAAACACCUAUAUUAAAAAUUCCAUAAAUAGACAAAGUAUUACUUUAAAUACAUUUUGGUGUCAACAUUUUUUUAGAGUACUGGAAUGUCUUCUUUAUGUAUCCUACCUUUCUACCUACAACAAUGGCUGUACCCAUCCCCAAUAUUAGUUUUUUUUUAUAUUGAUUUAUUUUCUUAGGUAUUUGCCAAAGAUCACGAAAUCCAGGCAGAAGAUGAACAAAUAUUUUUGAAUAAACAGUUAGGAUUAUUAAACCAAAGUGCCAAUCAACAAAUAGUCAUUGGUAUUCCAAGACAAGACUUAGUAAUGCGAUCACUGACAGGUGUGUCUAAGUCAGGUGAUAGACGUAUGUCAUUAACUAAUCAAAGUCAAGGUUCUCCAACAAAAAAAGUAAGUUAGCAUUGAAAAGUUCUUAAAUUCUAAUUGAGAAUAUUAAUGACAUUAAGAAUGUUUUUUAAUUGAAUUUAUGUGUGUAGAUUGAUCCAGCGAAAUCUACUAACACAUUGACACCCGCUGGUGAAGGAGUUUUGGCUAAUUUUUUUAAUUCCUUGUUACACAAAAAGACUAAUCAAACUACAAAUUUACCAAAAACUUCUGGUAAACAAUAUUAUUAUCAAAUAGUUAUUAUCAUGUUAAUAAUUUUCAAACUAUUUAGAUGACUUGUCUGGUUCAAAAUCAUUAAUUUUGGAAAAGGCUGAAUAUCAUACUGAUACAGUGGCUGAACUUGAAAGAGUCACUAAAAGAACAUUGAAUUUGUCACACGAAACAACAAUUGAAACAAACUCAUCAGUAAACUGCAUUGAAGAACAAACUUUAGCUACUUAUGGUGAAAAAUCAUCUUCAGAAUGUUAAUUUAAGUCUUAAUAUUUACUAUUUAUUUUUCCUAUUAUUGUGAUAAUCUAACCUACAUUAAUUUAUUGUGCAAUUUUAUUUAUUUUUAUUUUUAUAAUUACUACUUAACUAAUUAUUUAUUCAUUACUAAAUCAUAUGAUAGAUUCUGAAAGGAUUGAGAGAGCUUAGUUAAUUUUACAAAAUUAAACUUAAAAAUUUCUUUUUUUUUGGGGGGGGGGGGAGUUUGAGGGGGAAAUUUGUUUUAGUUAAAUUUUAUAUGAAGCCAAAUUCUGAUUUUUGAAUUUUUAAGUGUAGUUAAAGUCAAUAUUUUAAAAUACUUAGAUUUUUAACAACAUUUAAGGAGUAUUCUGUGUCUGUACCAACUUAGGAUUUUUAAAUGAGAACCUUUAUUAAAAAUUCAAUAAAAGAUUGAGUAUUAGUUUAGGUAAUGGGAGAGUAGUAGAGUAUUAUUUGUGUUGUAGCAUGGUUAUUUGGAUAUUCUUAAAUUUUGUAAAAAACUUAAUUAUUUCAAGUAUAGGGUUUAACUACAUUUAAAAAUUUAAAAAUCAGAAUUUGAAUAAAUGCAAAAUGUAACAAAAAAAAAAAAAAAUAAAUAAAUAAAUAAAUGGGCAUCUCAUAGUAUGUGUAUUAUUAUACAAGGUGUAACAAAAAGAUAGGAUCUGACAUCUGCUGUCUAUUUUAUAUUGUUUUUUAAAUAUAAAAUAAAAAAUAUGUAGAUUUAAAAAAAUCUAUUUUGCAAAAUCCAAGAUAGUCAAUAUAUUAAUAUAUUUUGGUGUUGAAAAUAUUUAAUAAUGAUGAGUUAUUAAGUUUCUAAUCUUUUUUUUGUUGUUUACAAAAAUCAUUAGCAAAUUUAUUUUUCAUGGCAAAAUUGGUAUUGUUUAUUAGUGCUAUUGAAAACAAUUUUAAUAAUCAUAAACUUCAAAAAAUCGUAGAAAAUCAAUUCUAUUUUAUUUUAUUAGUCAAUAUUUAUAAAACUAAAAUUUAGUAUUAAAAUGGCUUGGAUCUUCAAAUCUUGUAUUUCGUAAUAAAAAUUAUUCAUUUUUAGUAAAAAAAAAAAAAAAAACUUGAAAUAUUGAAAAUAAAAGUUGAUACAGGUGUCCAAUUUUUGUGUUACAGUCUGUAUAUCCUAAUCUUAACUUGAGGAAAUAGGUCUUGAAAGAACUUAUAGAACUAACAUUUAAAGAUGGGGUAGUGCAAUAUAAUUUAUGAAAUUGUUGAUAAUAAUUGGUUAUCAAGAUCAUAAAUAAUAACAAUUUUUGUAUUCUUUUUUGGGUGUAUAAUAUUUGUUUAAUGCUGUUAAACAGAUAAUAGUAUUGAAAGAAUGAAAUUUGAGAAGCAAAAUAAAGUAUAUUAUUUUGGUGCUUACUUUUAAAUAUAUGAUUAUUAUAAUUAUAUUUAUACACAUUAUGUUAACUACAAGUAUAUUAAUAUUAUAUAUAUAUAUAUAUAUAUAUAUAUAUAUAUAUAUAUUUACUAUUUUUUUUAUAUAGAAAAUUCAACAUGUGCUUUGUACUUGGAUAAAAUGUUCCACACUAUUUGAUUAACUAACUAUAUAUAGACUUUGUAUUUGUAUUUUUCUAUGAUACAUAUUCAUAUAUUAUUUUGUAUUAUUAUAUUACAUUUAUAUCAUGGUUAAUGUGCACUAUUCACUUUUAUAUCAAAUUGGAAGAAUACAGUUUUAGAAGCAAAAUAAAGUACACUAUUUUGUAAAAUUAUUCAGUAUGAUUAUUAUAAUUAUAUUCAUACACAUUAUUAUGUUAACUACAAGUAUAUACUUUUCUAUACUGGCCAUCCGACAAAGAUAUACCCCUUGAAUAUCUCCAGAGAUAAUAAAGAAAAUCAAAUUCUGUUCUUUUUUAUUUUACUUACAGGGAAAAGGACUAUUUAGGAAUAUUUAUAUUUGAAUCAGUUUUUUUUCAUUAAAAAAAAUUUAGAAAUUUUUUGGAAAAUUUUAAAAUAGCCAUUCUUUAAAGGCUAAUAUUUACAGAAAACAAUAAAAUAAAAAGUUUUUUUUAAAUUUUUUUAACAAAAAAGAGUCAAUUAAAAUAUAAAUAUUUAUAGUCCUCUUCGCUGUGAGUAAUAUGAAAAAAAACAGUUUGAUUAUCUUUAUUAUAUCUCGAGAUAUUCAAAGGGUAUAUCUUCAUAUAGAUAGCCUGUAUAUUUUUACUAUUUUAUCGAAAAAAUUUAGUUUUAAAAUAAAAAUUCAACAUAUUGUUCUUUGUGCUUGGAUAAAAUGUUCCACAUUACAUUAUUAACUAACUAAUUAUGUAUAGCCUUUGUAUUUGUAUUUUUCUAUUAUAUAUACUCAUAUAUUAUUUUGGAUUAUUAUAUUAAAUUUUUAUCAUGGUUAAUGUGCACUAUUCUCUUUUAUAUCAAAUUGGACUUUUUAUACUCAUAGGCUUAUAAUGAUAAAACAAUCAAGUAAAACUAAAUAGUUUUGUAAAAUCUAAGACAACUAAAAAUCACAAAC